UCAUACACCGAAGGCAUGGCUGAACAGGUAAGCGGAGGUAACUUGUUCCCAACUCCGGCUUUGAAGAUCUCCUUAUGAAACCAUUCAUUCUUCAAAUCCCAAAAAAUUGACCUUCAAAUUCGAUGAAACAUCCACACAUCUACCACACCAUCACAACCAAUAAAAAAUGGCGAAUCUCAAUCUUCUUCCUCUCCAUUUUCUUUCUCUUACUCAUCUCUUCUCUUGCUCUUCUUCGACGCAAAUCAUCUUCAACUGCCACUUCUCAAUCAUCACACCAUUACAACUCAAGAGAUUUCUCUGAAUCAAGGCUUCCACAAAUCCCGAGGUUCGCUUACUUGAUAUCAGCGACCAGAGGCGAAGCUCCGCAAGUCAAGCGAUUGCUUCGAGCUUUGUAUCAUCCCAGAAAUUACUACUUAAUUCACUUUGAUCUCGAUGCUUCGGAGGAUGAAAGGGUUGAAAUUGCUAAGUUUGCGAAAUCGGAACCGGUGGUGCGGCAGUAUAGGAAUGUUUUUGUUGUUGGAAAGGCAGAUUUGAUCACUUCAAAGGGUCCAACUGCUUCUGCUUCAAUGCUUCAUGGUGUUGCUAUUUUGUUGAGGCAGGCCAAAGAUUGGGAUUGGUUUGUUAAUCUUAAUGCUUGGGAUUAUCCUCUUUUUUCACAGGAUGAUCUUCUGCACAUCUUCUCUUACUUGCCUAGAGACUUGAACUUUCUUGAGCACACGAGUGAUAUUGGUUGGAAAGAACAUCAAAGAGCAAGACCUAUCAUCAUUGAUCCUGGCUUGUAUCAUGUAAAAAAAUCGGGAGUUUUUUGGGCAAAAGAAAAAAGGUCUAUGCCUUCUUCGUUCAAAUUGUUCACAGGGUCUGAGUGGGUGGUGCUGACUAAAUCGUUUGUUGAAUUUUGUAUAUGGGGAUGGGAUAAUGUUCCUAGGACACUACUCAUGUAUUACACAAAUUUUUUAUCCUCUUCUGAGGGCUACUUUCACACUGUGGUCUGUAACCAUAAAAAUUAUCAGAAUACUACUGUAAACCAUGACCUUCGGUAUAUGAAGUGGGACAAUCCUCCGAAUCAGCAACCUGUCAACUUGACCCAGGAGUAUUUCAAUGAUAUGGUACAGAGUGGUGCUCCUUUUGCACAUAGAUUUUCUAUGAAUGACCCUGUUCUUGAGCAGAUUGAUCGGGAACUUUUAAGGAGAACAGAUGGCUACUUUGCCCCCGGGGGAUGGUGCCUGGGAAAUUCUGUUCCAGAAAAGGAUCCAUGUGCUCGUUUUGGGAAUUCAGAUGCUAUAAAACCUAGUAUAAAUACCAGAAGGCUUGAGAAGCUUGUUCUUCAGCUCCUUGAUUCAGAAAAGUUUAGGUCUAAACAAUGCAGGUAGCUGUCAUAGUAUGAUGCCCUGUUAGUCGAUUAUUGUCACUGACAACUCAAAAUCAUAAUAUCCAAAUAUCUACGGAGUAGUUGACUAGUUGGCAUGCGUCUUCCUUAAAAUUGUGCAUAAUGUGAAUCAUCAAUGAAUAUUUAACAUAAUAUAUGCUCUUAUUUUUGUAA